GAAUGUCUUGACUGAAAACGCCUCGGAAACCAUCUGGUCUACGCCGCUUAGAUGACAUGAACACAUAAAGAAGAUUUUUGAGGAGAAAGUAAACCUCGAGGAGCGUCUGUGUCUGGAUGAAACUGACAGAACGACGUUAGGAUAGAAUAUAAACAUUACAUCACAGCGGACAGGGGGAGCAGUGACGCUAUUAUCUGAGUAUGGGCCCUGAGGAGCUGCCUGACCUUAUGGACACGAUGUCAAGCACUCCUCCUCCCUCUCCUAGUCCUGUAUGUUUCUCAUUCUCACCUCCUCAAUGCUUUCCACCGAUCUCCCCUGGUCCUCUGGUCGUGACCUUACGCUCCCCUGCCACUCGUCACCUGACUCAGCUCGACCCCUGGAGGAGACACAGCUGGGAACCUGGAGCUGUGGCACAGGGAUAUCUACCCAAUGACUCACGCAGUGUGAGUCUUGAAGAUCUGGACCCGGAUGAGAUGUCCUUAGUGCUAAACGGAGCAUUGAGGUCAAAAAGAGCUCGUGAAGCCCGCAGGUCUGUCACUCAAGCCUCCCUGACGUCACUUACUGAGGAGGAAGUUGGAGCAGAGCAUCAGGAACAUCAUCGAUCAGCGCUGGAGGAGCAGUCCAAUCAGAUGCAUGGCUGCAGUAGCUCCGCCCCCAGCCUGUGUAUGAUGCCGCAGAUGCCUAAGAGCUCUGCCCCUCGCCCGCGCUCCUACUGCCAUGAGAGUGUUUCGUACCACCAGAUUGGAGGAUCAUCUCACUGUAUAGACCGUGAGUUUGCUGCUCCGGGCUGGGACAUAGAUAGAGGGCAAAUAAAGGCUGAGGGGCGCGAAAACAAAGAGGACGUGUCAGGAAAUCGUCUGGAGCGAACUCUGGGUUUCCUGCGCAAGAUGACUGCUAACCGCAAGAAUAAAGAGAAGGAGCGCAUGAGGGAGCGGGAGAGAGAAGCCAGGGAGCGCGAGGCACGCUACAGUAAUGGCCACCUCUUCAACUCUCUCACCGUGUCUGGAACCACGCUCUGCUCGGCCUGCAACAAGAGCAUCACCGCUAAGGAGGCCCUCAGCUGCCCUACCUGUAAUGUCACCAUCCACAACCGCUGCAGGGACACACUACCAAACUGUGUCAAAAUGAAACAAAAGCAACAGAAACUGGCGCUGAUGAGGAACAAUUCAGCCUAUCAGAAUGUGACACUGAGGAAUAAAGCCCAUUUAAAGGAAAGGCCGAACUCUGCCAUCUACCCAUCAGACAGUCUUCGCCAGUCACUUCUGGGGUCCCGUCGCGGACGGUCUUCCCUCUUACUUUCAAAGAGCGUCUCCACCAAUAACAUUGCAGGGACUCUGAAUGAUGACUCUCCUCUGGGGCUGCGUAGGAUCUUGUCUCAAUCCACAGACUCACUCAACUUCAGGAGCAGAACCAUGUCCAUGGAGUCACUCAAUGAUGAGGGAGAGGGCUACUUCACCUCACUGCUGGAAGAUUUGGAGGAUGAAGGCCAGGAGUUUGAAGCAGAUUCCUGGAGCAUGGCAGUAGAUUCCACCUACUUACAGACCCACCGUAAAGAUGUUAUCAAGAGGCAGGACGUCAUCUAUGAGCUGAUCCAGACGGAGCUCCAUCACGUUCGGACGCUGCGGAUCAUGGAUGGGGUGUUCAGGCGGAAUAUGCUGGAGGAGGUGCAGCUGGAGCCGGGGGUCGUGCACGUGCUGUUCCCCUGCCUGGAGCGCCUGCUGACGCUUCACAUGCACUUCCUCACGCAGCUCCUUUCACGGCGCGCUCACAGCCUGCAACCUGAGAGCACAAACAAUUUCACCAUCACUCAGAUCAGCGAUUUGCUAAUACAACAGUUCUCAGGUCAGUGCGCUGACGAGAUGCUGAAGACGUAUUCUGAGUUCUGCAGUCGUCAUAUGAAGGCUGUCAAACUCUACAAAGAGCUGCUGGCCAGAGACAAGAGACUGCAGCUCUUUAUACGGAGGGUGAGUCGGCGUCCUCUACUGCGUCGUCACGGGUUCCAGGAGUGCAUCCUAUUGGUCACUCAGCGCAUCACUAAAUACCCCGUUCUGGUGCAGCGUAUCUAUGACAACACCAAAGACAAUCCAGAGGAAGCUGCAGGUCUGUCUCAGUCACUGUCUUGUAUGCGGGAGCUGCUCUGUUCGGUGGACCAGCAGGUGUUGGAGCUUGAAAGGACACAGCGGCUGCAGGAGAUCCGGUCCAGGGUUGACCCGCGGGCCGAGGCCAAACUUCGCUCCGGAGCCCUGUUCAGACCAGCCGAACUGCUCCGCAGGCAGCUGAUACAUGAAGGCACGCUGCUCUGGAAAACACCCAGCUCUCGCCUCAAAGAUGUUCAGGUUAUGUUGAUGACUGAUAUUCUAGUAUUCUUGCAAGAGAAAGAUCAACGGUUCAUCUUUGCUAGUUUGGAUAAGUCUGCUGUGGUCUCACUGCAGACUCUCUUGGUCCGAGACAUAGCCAAUCAGGAGCGAGGCUUGUUCCUGAUCAGCAGUGAGUCCAGCCCACCUGAGAUGUACGAGCUCUAUGCGUCAUCUAAAGAUGACAGAAACACCUGGAUACGGCUCAUACAGCAAACCAUCAUGGACAGAUUGACAGAGCUGUUAUUAGGAUCCAAUUUUGAGGUUCCUCUGCCCUGCAGUUCCAACGGCCAUCACAACCACACUGGAGCGCUAGUAAUCAAUGGACAAGAGGUAUUAGUCAAUGGCUCUCAGGAGAACCAAGCUACUCAGGAUGGUAAUGGGAAUCAAAUGGAGGACAAGACACCAAGUGAGGAGGUGUCACAGAGGCUGGUGAAUCUCAGUGCUCAGUUACACGCUUUACAGGGUGUGGUGAUACGACAGGACUCCAUCUUAGAGCUCUGCCUACGAGAGAGCUCUGUCUCCCCGGCCACCGCAGGGGCUCGUACAGUUCGCUCCCUGUCCCGGGAUGGUGCGAGUGACUUUGGCUCGCUGGGAGAGCUGGCCCUGCUACAACGGCAGCACAGUCUGCUGCAGGAGGAGCUCGUACGCCUGAGGGGAGCCGAGGGAAAACUCAGGCACAGCGAGAGAGCCAAAGCUCAGCUGGAGAAACAGCUCAGGGAUCUUAAGACUAAUAGCGCCACUCUAGGGGAUGGAGCUGGAAAUGCAGGCUCACAGGCCCCAUCAACUCGCAGAGAGAGCGAUACUGACAACCCAUUGGCUAGCCAGGAGUCGAUGGACCAAUCAGACGGCUUGCAGGAAUGCAGUGAUGUGGAAGUGGAUGUGAUAUCUGAUGAAGAUGAUGAUGACGAGGUGGAUUCGAGGGUGUCUCCCCGUUCAGAAAGUCCCAGAGAUCUGCAGGACAUUCCUGAAGAGAGCGAAUGCGCUACAGACCCCCGGGACCGCGAGGUCUCGCACUGCUAAUAUUUCUCAACCCAAGACUUGCCUGUUGUCCGAUGGAACAGACUAUAGACUCCAUGAGGAGGUCUUCCGCCGAACAGGGAAGAUUCUUACUUAGUUUAUGAAUAUUCAUUUCAUUAUAUACAUACAGUAUUUAGUUGUAUCCAGUAAUUUUGCUUAUAGCUUCUGUGUGGCCGUUUAUGACAUGUUAAUAUUCAACAUGUCUUCUCCUUGGAAUCCAAUCAUAUGGCUUUUGACAUCCACGGACCAAUAAGUAUAUGCCAAAGCAUCGUGAUGGAGAUGGAGUCAUGCAAAUAAUGGGACUUUGCACUUGAUAGCGGCAUGAAAUGGUCUUGGGAUUCUGUGAGAAUCUUAAGAUUAACCAAAUCAACCAAACAUAAGUGAUCCAGCUCAAGGGUACCGGCAGAAACCAGUCAAAUUGAUGUACUGUGUGUGCUUUGUACCGAUUCUACACAUGCUGGAGCACGCAAAACCAGAAUAGAGCUUCUUUUUUAAGUGGAACUUGUUUGUGUGAGAGGUCAUUGUAAAGAAAUGUCUCUUUCUUGCGCUUUAUUUUGAAUUUAUUUAUUUUUCUUUGUUUUAAAUGGAACGUUAAAUUGUCUUUCGAGCAUGUCAGAGCAGUUAGAAAGAAGCCAUAGCUUGAAAUAUACCAACAUAAUAGACUGGGACCAAAACUACUGGCUAAAUAACAAAAAACUAUUUUCAGAGACUUGAGGGCUUUUUUAGGAAGGAAUUAUUAUUGCCGUUUAUAGCAAUAUAUAUUAGAAAUAUAUUUACAUCUAUAGCAAAUAACUUAAUAAACCCAGGAAGGUUAUUAUGAUAUUAUAAAUGGUUCCUCAGCCCACAGUGUGUGUUAACGGGGAAUACUUUGUAAAUAUAAGAAGAUUUAUUGACUAAAAUAAAUCACAUCUCCAAAAUUUGCCAGUAACACCAACAACAUUUGAUGUGUCUUACUACAGUUUUGCUUAUGUUUUAAUUUUAAGAAUGUUUUUUGCAAUUACUUGACUGUGUGCCAAAAUUCGCUUGGCUGAAUAUUGCUGAGAUAUAUUAUACUUUUAUUUUAGUCAGUUCAACAUUUCAGGAAGCAAUGUCUUAGAAAUUAUUGUAGGAUGAUAUUCUUCAUGGUUUGAAGUAACUAUAAGAAACAUAGGAAUUACUCAAGUCACAUCAAAAUGUUUAUAUGGAACAUGACAGAAACAUUGUUGGAAUGUUCAUACAGUGUUUCAGAUAUAUUGAAGUGGAUAUAGAAUACAGUUGAAGAAUUAAAACUGUUGAUAUACAACAUCA